AUGAAAUAUGGUUAUAAUGUUGACGAUGCUGUCAACACUCCUAUAAAACGAAGGAGAAAACAUGAGUUUAUCAUCAAUGCACUCAACUGGGCAUUCUCAGAGCUACCACUCAACCCUAAGGCUGAUAAGGUAUUCUCUAAGAACCGCAGAGUCCAGCUAAAGCCAGGACACUAUCGCUGGAACCUAGUUGAUAAGAAGGAAUUUCGUAGGUUAACGAACAUUCCAUCAUUCAACCUAUGGACAUCCACAGGUGGCGAUUUAUGUCCAUUAAAGGUAUGUGCUGUAUCACCAGAAGAAUUGUACGCAAAGGGCAUCCCUGAACUUAUGAAGCCAGGAAAGCCUUGCUACUACGCUAUUGAGCAAGAAGAUGAUGAUAUUUAUUUAGUAUUCGACAGACCAAUCGAUGUGCCUGUCAUUAUCCAAUAUGUUGGAUACGGUUUCCCUAAGCUAGUAAAGUCUAUGGAUGACGAGAUUCGUAUUUCAGCAGUUGUAGAAAAUGCACUCCUCGAAAUUAUGCGUGUUGUAUGGUAUCGUGAAGCAGAUGAUUUAUCAUUUGCUGGUUCUGCAUACGACUACUUAGACAACAAGGUGCCAGGCUACUAUGCGAAUAAUAAGCUCUACAAAGAUGCUUAUACUCGUACUGACUGGCAGUCUAGAACUUCUCGCCGCAUCCAUGACGGCUUUAAUUUACAAGUGAAUUAUGGUCUCGACACAACAUCAGAUGAUGUAAACUCGUCACCAUAUUCAUCACCUUAUUAUAUAAACGGGAGAUACAAUUCCGACAACCUCGUUACUCAACGUGCGAACUCAGCAUCCGUUCAGGGUAUUAAGUUCUUGUUGUCAAAACAUGAUGAAACAGUUGAUUUUACCGAGAGCGACAUUCAAACAUACCUCCAACUCUGGCAAGGCAAGCAAGUCAAGUUUAAGAUUCCGUAUGCUGGCAAGUUGGUUGGAAACACUAUUACUAUUCGUAAUACUGAUGGCUGUACUGGUAUUCUCAGUAUUUAUAUAUCUGCUUCCGACAACGGUCGUACUUUAAUGGAAACAGCUGUAGACCUAUGUAAGGUAUCUACUGAUAAGUUUGAACAUAUUGAGCUACGUGGCAUCACUCCAGUAUCAGUUGAUGCUAACCCACGUGGAGAGCUAUUCGUCCGUAUGGAAAUAUGGGAUGAAGUAUCAAAGGAAAGAAGUGCUAACCCAUUCAAUACUGGAAAGAAGAUUGAUAUAGCAGCAACUGGUAUAGAUAACCAUUAUGAAUGUGUAUAUCAACUUCGUGACAAGAACGUACCAGUUGUAAAAGAAGAUUAUGACUAUGUUCGUAAGCCUUCUCGUCCGUUACUUGGUCUUAUAUAUAAUAACUGGACAAUGAUUCCAGUAGACCGUAUUAGUAACGAGAAAACUGGAGCUACUGUGUCAGAUGCAGGGUAUCGCUAUGACAUCAUGUGUGCAAAAAGCCCAACUCAAACUGAGAUGCUUAUUUACGAUAAAGAAAUGAACCGCUUUGUUGAGAAUACUUCGAUUCGUGUAGAUGGUCGUGCAAAGGCAAUUCAGAUUGCUCAAGUAGUUGCUCCAUCAGAUGAAAAGCUCAACUAUGUUUAUUACGUUGACGGUUUCUCACCGCUACAGCGAUUCAAGAUCGGCGAGUGGGCGAGCGAGGAGGUUGUUGAUAGUGAAGCUGGUCCUGUACUUGGUCCGAGCUUUAUCAUCCAUCACAACAACCGUCUAUACAUCGGUGGAUUCUUAAAUGAUAAGAACUUGUGGCAGUGCUCAGCUAUUUCAUCUGCUGGACCAGAAUAUACAAAGUUCCCAUACAGAUUCUACACACCUAAUAACUCACCAUAUGCAACGACAACAAAUAACCCUACUGCAGUAGUAGAGUAUACAUCAGACCAAUUGAUGUUCUUAGGUAAUAACUUCGCAUCAUUAUUCACAACUAAUGUUGCACUAGAAGAUGGCACUGGAAGUGCUGGUACACCAGUACAAACAUCCAUCUAUUCAGAUGCUAUCGGAGUACGCAGUCAAGGUGAUGUUGUAAACUAUAAAGGCUCUAUCUAUUCGUUUGACGAGAGAGAAGGUCUACGUCAAUACAACGGUGCUAAAUGGAUGAAACUAUCUGGCACGACAAUUGAUAGCUACUUUGAUAGAGUUGAUAUGACAAAGCCACGUAAGCUAUGGGGUUCAAAUAAUAAACUCUUCUUUAACUACACAGAUAAGGUAGACGGUAGAGCUAAGUGUAUCAUUCGUGACUUUAAUAUGAACUACCAGCAAAUGCCUUGGUUCCAAGAUGUAGACAUCCCAUUUAAUGAUGUACGCUUUGAUGAGACAGAAGUAGUAAUCGGUACACAUCCAGACUAUCCUUGCGUAAUGCAACUAUAUGCAGAAAAUACUUGGAGUAGAUUCGAUUCACCAAUUACAUUUGAAAGACAUACGAAAUAUCUUUCAAUGCCUGGCAACGCAUCAGACAUUAUCGUAAAGCGUGUACACAACAAGGUAAUCGCAAACUCAAACAGAUGGUGGUGGCUUGGUCUAUCUUACGAUAAGAACGAGCUAGAACAACAUCGUGGUUCAGAACCUUGGUAUCGUAUACCAGCUUGGGAUACUAUCACAGAUAGCGAGCCACAGGAAUAUCCAUUCCCAGAAGAAGAUGUUUAUGAGAAGAACUCUAUAUCAAGAUUAACUAUUUCUAAUAUCAAGAUUAGAUGUACUGCAAUUCAAGAACGUAUUAAGUGUAAAACUUUCCGUAAUCAGGCAAAUCUCGUAUCGGUCGAAUUCGAGGUAUAUCCUAGGAUGUUUAACUAA